AUGAUUCUAAUAUCAGGAAAUCAAGAACAGUCGAGUCCACUCUUGUCGCUGGACAAACGACCCAGAAUUGCAUGUCGUUUGAAAUCAUCGCUUGAAAGCGAUGCGUUGGACAUCACUGCUAAUGCAUCGUUAUGGAGAUCAUUAAGUCAAGCAGCAAAAUCAUUCUAUUUAAAUCCCAAUAAGCAGGACAGCAUCAAUUCUGACGAUGCUUUAUUGCAUUCAACAGAGUGUAUUGGAGUUGCUAUUCUUCUACCAUCUGUACUGGAUUCUACUCGAACCGAAGCAUCUGCAGAUGUGGAUUCAACUCUCACUGUUUUUGCUCAUAUCUCAUCAACAUCAUGUGGUAUUGAUGAUACCAAUACUAUAUGGAUAUCCAAUCAUUUUAUAAAAAAUAACAUUAUGCACAAGGAAUUGAUUCAUGCGAUUGAUGAUGGAAAAGACCUUGAAUGCACGGUCAUUCCUGUAUCUAUUUUGAAUCUAAAUUCUGUUAUUUUGAAUGCACUGGAUCAAGCUUCAUCUCAAUUCGCAUUUCAAGAUCCGGAAUAUGUAAGCGGGCAGCUCAUGGCCAGCAAUACAGUCAUCAGAGUGGGAUCUCUAGUUUGUGUCGACUCGCCAGAUUCUACUUUAACAUAUACGUAUCGAGUGCUUGCAUGCGAUCCGGUCAUGCAGGGAAUUAUAGUCGUCGAAACUGACGUUGUUUUUGUUCAUUUGGACGAAUCAUUGCCACAUACUCCCGCUUUAGAUUCCAAUGUUCAAGCUAUUCAUUUGGACGAUCAACACAAUUGUAUUUAUCAGGCAGAAUUUGCUCAUGGCAACGUGAUGACCAUUACCAAUGUUUAUAUGGGCAAUCUAGUUCUCCAAUGUCAUACUGACAAGUGUUUUACAAAAAUGGAUGAUCGUUCCAUCUGUGUAUCCAUGGCAUUUCUAGUGGAAUUUGGACUUUGCAAUGGUGAUUGGGUUUAUAUCCAAGCAAUAGAUCAACCACGUCACGACAAAUAUCUGGUGCAGAUAUAUGGCUGUAGUAAUGAUCACGUUAGUACAGAGCAUUCUAUGGUCUCUAAAGCUUCUCCACUUUUACUACGGAAUGUAUCUCCUCUUUCACAAUGGACAUCUGAGCCCAUUAUGGUAGGUAUAUAUACACCCACCGAUCGUUUGGAGCUAUCUGAUAUACCUGUUGCUAGCGAAAUCACGCUUGCUAGAGUAUGUUCACCCUACUCAAAUCAUCGUGGUUACUUGGAUAUUGCAUUGAUCGAGCUUGCCAAUAUGCUUUCCAAAAAAAAGCGUUUGGUGAGCCAGGGCGAUUGGAUAGCUGUUCCUGUAGAUGGUAUCUCAUCCAUGAUCAAAGAAAAAAUGGCAUUGCAGAAUUUAGAGCUAAAAAAGGACAUAAAGUUUGUUUCUGGAGCUUUUGUAGAUUAUUACUACUUUGAAGUAUCGAGUAUUAAAUCAUGCAAAGGAGCGUUGCAAACAGCUGUUGUGGAUAGCCAAAUCACAAAGGUUGUUCAAACUGGAUUGGUGCAUUCAAGACUUCCUGAAAACUCAAAUCCAAGUGGUACCGCCAUUUCAAAAUACACAACGAUUGUGCAUUCCUGUUUUGAUGAACUGGUAGAUAUUUGCAGUACAUAUCUUGCAGUAACUGACUUGCAUUCGAGGUUUCCUUGUACUCUAUUGCUUCAUGGAGCAACAGGUGUAGGCAAACGUAUACUAGCACUUCAAUUAUGUCGUGUACUAGGAUUACAUGUAGUCGAGUUCAACUGUUAUGAUCUUACUCGCGAGCCCAUGACAAAAUCUCUGGCGUUACUGGAAAUAUGCGUUGAUCGUGCAAUUGAAUGUGCACCGAGCGUGAUUCUUUUAAGACAUUUAGAUGCUGUAUGUCAAGGAUUAGGUGGAAAUCCACAGCAGUCAUCUGAAACACCCAUUGAAUUUAAAGACGCUUUCUUUGCGUCACUCAACAAGCUAACUAGUAAGAAAGGAAAAGAAAAUCAUGGCCCGAUUUUGGUGAUUGCCACCACACAUGAUAUCGAAAAAGUUCAUGCGUCAAUCCGACGACUAUUUCGAUUUGAUAUGAAAUGUCAGACUUUGUCGCAAACACAGCGGAAAUCCUUGAUUGCAUCAUUGUUGGAUGACGUGGAUGUAUCCAAUGAUGUACAUAUUGACCAUAUUGCGAUUCAAACUGCUGGAUUUUCAGCACGAAAUAUUGCAAGGUUAAUUUCUACUGCUGGGAUUGAAACGAUCAAGAGAAUAGACAAUGCAAUUCUUGAGCCUGUCAUGCCAUCUGUAACUGCAGACGAUCUACUUUUGGCUGGCGUGACGCUUUCCGCUGUGGAUAUAUCUAAAGCACUUGAUUUGGCAAGAGCAAACCAUUCUGAAAUGAUUGGUGCACCGCGAAUUCCCAACGUACAAUGGGAAGAUAUUGGUGGAUUAGGUCAUGUCAAGGAAGCCAUUAUUGAAACCAUUCGACUUCCCCUUGAUCAUCCUGAACUUUUUGCUUUUGGGGCAAAACGUCGAUCAGGUAUUCUUCUUUAUGGCCCACCUGGCACUGGUAAAACCCUCGUAGCCAAAGCAGUAGCAACAACUCUUUCGCUUAAUUUCUUUUCUGUCAAAGGCCCUGAACUACUUGAUAUGUAUAUUGGCGAGUCAGAAGCUAAUGUAAGGAGGGUGUUUCAGCGAGCAAGAGAUGCUAGACCGUGUGUAGUGUUUUUUGAUGAGUUGGAUAGCGUUGCUCCAAAAAGAGGAGAAAAGGGUGAUUCUGGAGGCGUGAUGGAUCGUAUUGUAAGUCAGUUGUUGGCAGAAUUGGAUGGAAUGGCAGAUGUAGGAAGUCAUGGCGCUUCAGAUGUAUUUGUGAUUGCUGCUACAAAUCGGCCUGAUUUACUUGAUCCGGCUUUGCUGCGACCUGGAAGAUUUGACGAGCUACUGUAUCUUGGCAUUGCCGACAAUCAUGAUGCUCAAUUUAAAGUACUGACAGCUUUGACUAGAAAAUUUAAUUUUGCACCCGAUACCAAUCUCAGAGAUGUGGCAAACAUAUGUCCAUUCAACUACACGGGCGCAGAUUUCUACGCUCUUUGUUCAGAUGCGCUUUUAAAAGCCAUGACUAGAACGAUUGCACAUGUGGAUUCACGACUGGAGGAGAUGAAUAACGCAGGAGCAAUUCCUGAUCAUCCGUACCCAUUUACACCACAAUAUUAUCUCGAUCAUUUUGCUACAGAAGAGGAAUCUCGCGUACUGGUGCAGAUAUCUGAUUUUAAGUUGGCUUUAGAGGAGUUGGUACCAUCCGUAUCUGUUGAAGAACUGGCACGAUAUGAAAGACUUCGCGACCAGUUUCAAAAAAAGCAAGAGCCAGUCAAAAAACGAGACAAGGGCAAAGGUCGAGCGAGAUAGAUUUUGAUGGCGAGAUUUGAAAUAAACACGUGAUUAAAGUUG